CACUUUUUAGGUGCUUUUGAUUAAAGAUUAAGCCACAAAUUUUCGGUUAAAAUCGGCAAAGCAGUGCAUUGCCAAUCUACAUUGCAGAGCCCAGUCAAUGCAAGCAGUUUUCCAGUAUUUUUGGCAUGGCAAGCGCGCGUCGAUGAAAUAAAGAUAAGGCACAAACGGUCACACCAAGUCUCUCCUUCGUCAAAAAAUCGUGUCGUCGCUUUGUGAACAAAAAAUAGAGGAAAAAUCGCCCAAAACGGAGAAGAAUUGAGCUUGAAUCGCUUGGGCACUGGAAUUUGUGAGAGAAAACCGAGUGAUUCGCGGCUGGCUAGCGUUCCGCAUCGAGAGAAGAGAUUUUUUUCGUCCCCCCAGUUGAACAAGAGCCGUCAAAAUUGAAUCGACAAAGAUUGACGAGACUUUUUCUUCCACCACAACUGCGAUGGAAGAUAAAGCAACAACAAAAGAUCUUGAUCAAUGGAUUGAGCAGUUGAACGAAUGCAAUCAAUUGACAGAGACACAAGUUCGCACCCUUUGCGACAAGGCCAAGGAGAUCCUCUCCAAGGAGUCUAAUGUCCAGGAGGUAAAAUGCCCGGUAACGGUGUGCGGAGAUGUGCACGGCCAGUUCCACGAUCUGAUGGAGCUGUUCCGGAUAGGCGGCAAGUCACCGGACACCAACUACCUGUUCAUGGGUGACUAUGUGGACCGUGGCUACUAUUCCGUGGAGACCGUAACUCUGCUCGUGGCGCUGAAGGUCCGCUACAGGGAGCGCAUCACCAUUCUGCGCGGCAACCACGAGUCGCGCCAGAUCACACAGGUGUACGGUUUCUACGAUGAGUGCCUGCGCAAGUACGGCAACGCCAACGUUUGGAAGUAUUUCACUGACCUGUUCGACUACUUGCCCCUGACCGCUUUGGUCGAUGGGCAAAUCUUCUGCCUUCACGGAGGUCUCAGUCCCUCGAUCGACAGCCUGGACCACAUCCGGGCACUCGAUCGCCUGCAGGAGGUCCCCCACGAGGGCCCCAUGUGCGAUCUGCUCUGGUCCGAUCCCGAUGACAGGGGCGGCUGGGGCAUUUCGCCCCGUGGUGCCGGUUACACCUUUGGACAGGACAUUUCCGAGACGUUUAACAACACAAACGGCCUGACACUCGUCUCGCGCGCCCAUCAACUGGUCAUGGAGGGCUACAACUGGUGUCACGAUCGCAAUGUGGUCACAAUAUUCUCAGCGCCAAACUAUUGCUACCGUUGUGGCAACCAAGCGGCCCUCAUGGAACUGGAUGAUUCACUUAAAUUUUCAUUCCUACAAUUUGAUCCGGCACCAAGGCGCGGGGAGCCUCAUGUUACGCGAAGAACACCCGAUUAUUUCCUUUAAGCUGGAUUGCACGCACCUAAGCAGCUUACAUUUACACAUUAUUACAUCGCAUUAUAACAACAACAACAACAACAAAACAGCCGAAACAAUAUAUAAUAUAUACAAAUCCAACCUACAGCAAAAACAAAAAAAAUAAAAAAAAAUAAACAAAAAGGCAUUUGCUGUUGAGAAAAAAAUAAGAGAAAAAAACAAAAUACAAAAACCAUAAAACCCGAAACUAAAACCUCGAUGCAUUUGUUUUGUGGAUGAUCGUUUUAAACAGAAACAAGUGGAAAAUAUUGUAUAAACAAACGAAAAAAAAAGCGAAAAAAAAAACAAAAAACAAUAAUCAUAACAGUCGAGAACACACAAAAAAUGCAUUGAACAGUUUAUUGUUGUUGCCGAGAAAGUAAAAUAAAAGUUGCCAGCGGGUGGCGGCAGACAGAAAAAAUAUAUAUAUAUAUAUCAAAGAUAAUAGACGGGGCGGAGGACGGAUGUCGGAGGAGAAUGAGGAGCAGUAUACAAUCCAAUCCAAUCCAAUCAAUCCUACCAACCAACCAACCAACCAGCAACCAACCAAGAACCGCAAGCAACAAGAAGAACUACAACUACUUAGCUAAAUUUGUUAAUUUAUAAAAAUAACGAACUAAGCGCCGCAGCAGAAAAGCCAGAGAGCAGAGCAUAGCCAGAAGGGAAUGAUGGAUGGAUGGACGCAUGGAUUAUGACGUGAUGAUGCGUCCGUCUGUGUGUAUGUGUGUGUAUGGAGGGGUUGACAAAGGACUAAGGACGAACGCCAGGACGGGCAAUAAGCAGACCGACAAAGCAGUAAGAUUGCGUUCAAGCAUCAGCAGUAGCACCAGGAGCAGCAGGAGCAGGAGCCGGAGCAGUAGCAUCCGAAGCAGAAGAACAGAAGCAAAGCGAGCGGGGAAAGCGCAGGGCGGGCCAGCGAUUCAUACAAAAAAAAAAAAAAACAAAAUUAUAAAAAAGAAAAUAAGGAAAUACAAAAAAGUUUAAUAUUACUGAUUAAAAUUAAAUAAAAAAAGCGAAUAAAAUUAUUAAAAAAAAAAAAAAACAAAAAACAAAAAAAACAAACAUAAAAACAAAACCGAUUAAAAAAAUUCAUUAUCAAUUAAGUUCAUAUGUAACUUUAAUAAUAAUAAAAGUAAAAAACAAACAAA